GAACUCCGCUCAAAUAUAAAUUGUCUCCUCCAUCGCUCAAUCAAUCGAUCCCUUUGCCCUUGGACCCCUGAGAGUCAAUCAUGAGGGUGACGUCAUUAUUUGUCGCGUCGGCUCUGGGAGCCUUCGCGAGCUUCCAGACCACCGUGCUCGCAAGAUCCUUGGGCUCGACAGAGCUGCAGAACGUUCUAGACGACACUGAUAAUGCGCCGGAGUAUCACUAUCCAACGGACUUCACCAGAGAAAUCAUUCCGGUUCCGUGCCAUUCUCAUAAUGACUACUGGAGAGAUCGCCCCGUAUACUCUGCUAUCGCGGCCGGCUGUGUCUCGAUCGAAGCCGAUGUUUGGCUGAUCAAUGGUACUCUAUAUGUCGGCCAUCACCGAUCAUCCUUGGCGGAGACCCGAACUCUCAAAUCAUUAUAUAUCGAUCAGAUUGUUCAAAUCCUCAAGCGCCAGAACCCCCAAAAUAAAUUCGUUCCGUCAUCCACGAGAAAUGGCGUGUUCGACACCAAUCCGGCACAGACAUUAUAUUUAUUCAUAGAUAUUAAAACCGAUGGAGUCGAAACCUGGAAACAGGUUUCCAAAGACCUUCAACCUCUCCGAGACCUGGGCUAUUUGACCAAAGUUAAGAAUGGAAUUAAGAUUUCGGCUCCUGUCACCGUCAUCGGUACAGGAAAUACACCAUUAAACUUGAUCACCGAGCUUGAAAACCGCGAUUACUUCUACGAUGCACCACUCGCCGAACUUGACCAGCCCGAGCUUGAUAACAUCUCUUCCUUGAUCUCUCCGAUUGCAUCGACUAGCUUUGAAGCCGCCGUUGGUGCAACAAAUCAAGACAAGGAAGACCCCCUGACUAGCGCCCAGUUAGAAACCAUCCGGGCCCAAAUUAAGAAAGCAAAAAGCAAAGGAAUUGGGGCUAGGUACUGGCAAACGCCUGGUUGGCCGAUUCGAAGGCGGAAUGAGAUUUGGAGAGUGCUUCUGAAGGAAGGCGUUGCAUUGCUGAACGUUGAUGAUCUAGACGCGGUUAAGGAGUAUUUCUAGUAUCGACAACAUUUCGAACUUAGCCCUUUUGGCAUAAAUCCGUUGACCCGAGUUGCCGCUUUGCAGGACGUGUACGGAAUAAUUACAUGAUUAUUAAGUUGAGAAUGGCUAGACAGACAAGAAGUAUAAUGUAGUCAGCUAGUACUCGUUGUAUUGAGCUUUUCUCCGAGUCUGGAAGCAACAUAGACAAGAUA